UUCAAAGCAAAAAAAAAAAGAAAAAAAAUUCGCGCCACACGAAAAUACUUGGAAGAUACAUAUAUUUUUGUAUCAAGAAGCAACUAUAUUUACCGAAUUGAAACUCGUUCCUUGAAACGAGAGGUUUGACAUCGUCGCCUUCCAGGACAUGGCAGUGGCGCGGGAAACGAACUCGACAAGCGCGCGCUAGUGAGGAGGGCAGAAGGCUCCUUUUCCGCAUUGUUCGCUGCACAACUCGAAAGACCAGAGGCACCGUCCUUGUCUACAUUCUGUCCGUGUGGGGGAACAAAAAAAACAUUGAAGAGGAGAAAAAUGCCGUGCACAAGCUCCAAGAGUGCAUCAGCCCAGCCUCCCUCCACCAGGAUGAGUUUGAGGAGCUUCCGAAGUGUCCCCCUGGUUACCAUGGAGACAUCCUCGUCUUCCUCUGACGACAGCUGCGACAGUUUUGGGUCCGACGGGGGCUUUGCAAACACGAGGAGCAGCUCCCGACUGUCGAGGCGGACAGUUCUCAAGCCGAAAGUUCUGGAAGGCACCGGGGAGGAAGAUUCGCGUGCUGGGUUUGAGGAGGGGCUCAUCAACACUCGGAUGAAAGCGAUGAAAGUAGAUCCUGAUUCUGAGCCUGCAAGGCGGGGCCCCAGGUCCAGCCUGCUGAAGGUGGCCAUGACCUUCCCCACCCGCAAGGCGGGCUCUAAAAGGACCGCAUCCGAACCCCUCCCUCAACUUCAAGUGGACUCUGACGAGGAAGAGGAGAACUUCAUGGCCAAGAGAGCCCUGAAUAUUAAAGAGAACAAAGAAAUGCUCGCAAAGCUGAUGGCAGAUCUCAACAAAAUACCAGGAUUCUUCCCCAAGCGAGGGACCUCUGCAUCCACGAUGACCCAGCGUGCACCUCGACGCUCAAUGCCCCAAAGUUUUAGGAGGAAGUCUGAGCGUCUGUCUCGCCCUCACACCCGUUCCCGGACCCUCACGGAGGGCCCGCCCAGCCCGUCGGUCGAGGAGGAGGAGCCGGAGGACAAGUUCAGCCUGGUGCGGCGAAGCCGUUACUACGAGGAAGUAGACGAGCCGAUCCGCCGCCGCUCGUGCAAUGGCACCAAGGCCCUCCCUCACGUGGUGCGACCCGUGGAGGAGGUCACCGAGGAGGAGCUGGAGCGUGUUUGCUUCAACGUGAGGGAGAAGGUGUACCACAGCGUCAAUGGGACCACAUGUCACCAGUGCCGCCAGAAAACAGUCGACACCAAAACAAACUGCCGCAAUCCAGAGUGCGUCGGCGUCCGGGGUCAGUUCUGCGGCCCGUGCCUACGCAACCGCUACGGGGAGGAAGUGCGGGAGGCUCUGCUGGACGCGGACUGGCGCUGCCCGCCGUGCCGUGGCAUCUGUAACUGCAGUUUCUGUCGUGCUCGAGAAGGCCGGAGUGCCACCGGCGUGCUGGUCUACCUGGCCAAAUAUCACGGAUUUGACAAUGUCCAUGCCUACUUGAGAAGCUUGAAGAAGGAGCUUGAAGGGCUGAGCGAAUCGUGAGCAGCCAAUUGGAGAGAUGCUCGACUGCAAACUUUGACCCUUGAGUGUUCUGCUUUUCAACCCUCGAAGGUUCAUUUGAAAUUAAUACCGCAGUUUAUCAUGUGGGACGCCUAGCAAGUUCUGAUUAACUGCUAUUUUUAUGCCUAUUUCUAAUAAUUUCACGGCAUUGCUUUGAAAUCUCUGUUUUUUAACUGAUCCAAUUGCAACUGUACACGGUUUGCUUUACGUGGCAGCUCAUUAAGCCAACACUUCUUAGAUGUAUGUUCACGCUCCAGGUCAAGUCUGAUUUUCCCCCCCGCCCUUUUUGUUUUUAAUAUCAAUCUGAACAGUACCUUUCCAAACCAGGCCACUCGUAUGUGGAUCGUGAACAGUAUCAAUGCAGAGGUUGUACAACUGCACAGCACCUCAUGUCUUUGCACAUACGUAUCUCUUCACAGUCCCUUUAAGAUCUUGAUUUGUUUUUGUACAAUGAAUGACUAUGAAAAAAGAUCUUAAAAAAAAAAACCACCCCAAAUGUGCAUCAUGACCUGCAACGUGAACGCAGCCUCAGUUACGCCCCAUUAGCGUGUGCCUGCCAUGUAGCGAAAUUAAACAAACAGCAAGUCUGCUGCAAUUGUUUUAAGAAUGUAAUUCAAAAACUGAAAAAGCAGCACUUAACACUUAAAAAACGUUGUCUGCCCUCCUUUGACUAUAGCUAAACUUUGUCUUUUCCAACCUUCAGUGAACCAAGACAGGUACAGUAUUUAACAAAACACUUCAUAGCGCACAUUUCAAAUGCCACAAAUGUGUCAACCUCUUUGAUUUCUACCUGUCCUUAUAAGUCACUGGUAUAGAUAGUUGAAACAAAAAAAAAAGCAUUAUUUGUAGUAAAUUCAUUUUUGAAUCAAUUGUGGUAAGCAUAGUUGGAUAAUUUCCCAUUUCUUCUUGGCAUUUUUAGAAUUAGAAGUGCUGUGUGUUAAAGCCAGAGUUCACAAAUGUGUACUGUAUUGGUCUCUGGUUGUGCCUUAUUUUCAUUCUUGUUUUGUGUAAGUGGCUAAAAGAGUUUGCCGGUUAGCUUUCUAGGGAGUGUCCUGUGGAAGGGCACAGGCCAGGCUGGGGCGCUCGCCACGCGGUGAUGGCGAGGAUCUUGGCGUGAUGUACUGUACCGCUCAUAUCUCCUUCAUUAGACAACCGUCGCUAAUGGCGUGGAAACAAUUAGCGCACGCUAAUGGGACUCUGGUACCUGUAAAUCAUUUCAUCCUGCGCUCUGGCUCAUUUUGUGCUCACCCUUGUGAUUCUGGACACAAGAUGACUGGAAUUUCACCUCCUGUAUGACUGCUUUGAGGCAUAAUUCAGCUCUGGUUGGGUCAUUUUCGUUAUAUUCCACUGCUUGUAAUGUGCUUACUGAACUAUACAUUUUAUUAAAUUAAAAAUUUAUAAUCUGCAGAAACAAA